UUCGAACCACCUACUUAUCGGUUCAAUAACUUAAACUAGUUUGACAACACUUGGCAAGUCGAGAGAGCUUAUUGGUGUUAACUGUUUCUUUUUGUUUAGAUAAUAUUCAGCCAGAGAGUUCCCCGCGAAAUUGCAUUGCAUCGCAGCAGUCCGAGGAAAAAGCAAGAAAUGAGUAGCUGGGCGCCUCAUCUGCCGUCGUCCCUGCAACCAAUUCUUCAACCUUGUCUGCCGGAGCUCCGGCGUAGAGUCCCGCGGCCGAGGCCCUGGCUAUCUCCGCGCGACAAUGGCUCCGGCAGCGUGGGGAGCAAAAGGCCAGAAGUCAAAUGCGCUCGCGCUUCACAAAAGAGCCCGGAUGAUUAUCACGCCACUCUUAGAGCUCUAAAUUCCAGAGGCCGCAAACCAAGGAAGUCACUUGGCCAGCAUUACAUGUUGAACUCUGAAAUCAACGACCAACUAGCUGGUGCGGCUAAUGUGGGGGAAGGGGAUGUGGUGCUGGAAAUUGGACCUGGGACUGGUUCUUUGACUAACGUUCUCAUUUCCUCCGGCGCCACCGUCCUGGCCGUUGAGAAAGAUCCUUACAUGGCUGCUCUGGUUGAAGAAAGAUUUGCUGAUACUGGACGCUUGAAGGUUGUGGAAGAGGACUUCGUCAAAUGCAACAUUGGUUCUCACAUUUCCCUUCUCCUAGAAAGUUUAAGUGCUUCAGGUGGUAAAGCCAGAUUUGCAAAAGUGGUUUCUAAUAUACCGUUCAACAUAAGCAAGGAUGUAGUAAAGCAGCUGCUUCCAAUGGGCGACAUCUUCUCGGAAGUUGUUCUUUUGCUGCAGGCCAAAACAGCAGUGCGACUGGUUGGCUCAUCAGUACGAACAUCUGAAUAUCGACCCAUCAAUCUCUUCGUCAACUUUUACUCAGAUCCCGAGUACAAAUUUGAUGUCCCAAGGUCCAGUUUCUUCCCUCAGCCGAAUGUUGAUGCAGCAGUGGUCACCUUUAAGCUGAAGAAAACUGCAGAUUAUCCAGCAGUUUGUUCCACCAAAAGUUUCUUCUCAUUGGUGAAUUCUGCGUUCAAUGGGAAAAGGAAGAUGUUAAGGAAUACACUUCAGCACAUAUGCACCCCCCUGGAGAUUGAAACGGCUCUUCAGCAUGUUGGUCUACCAGCUACUUCAAGACCAGAGGAACUAACGUUGGAUGAUUUUGUGAAGCUGCAUAACUUGCUAGUGAGGCCAUAGAGCUGCAAUAAACUGAAAACACCCGC